ACGAGAAUCAUUUGCCAUGAAUGGUGGAAACAAUGAGUAUAGCUAUUCCAAGAACUCACAUAUACAGAGAAAUGUAGCAGAGAAAGCAAAAUCAAUUUUAGUUAGUGGAAUAAUUGAUAAUCUUGACAUAGAAAAUAGUUCAUCAUCAUCAUCAUUGAACAAGUUUACUAUUGCUGAUUUAGGUUGUUCGACAGGGCCAAAUACAUUUAUUUCAGUGGAGAACAUAAUAGAAGCAAUAAGGCAAAAAUUCAAAAUCCUGCCAGAAAUUCAGGUUUAUUUCAACGACCAUGUUUCCAAUGAUUUUAACGCUCUCUUCUUCAACCUUCCUUCGAGCAGGAACUACUUUGCGUGUGGAGUCGGAGGUUCAUUUCACGGCAGAUUGUUUCCGAAGGGUUCGAUCAACUUCGUGUAUUCGGCAUUUGCAUUGCAAUGGCUAUCGAAAGUACCGAGUGAGUUGAAUUGUGGAGUGUGUAACGGAGGAAGAAUUCAUUACGGAAAUGCUCCGAAGGAAGUUUGCGACGCUUAUUAUGGUCAGUAUGAAAGGGAUAUGAUUUCUUUUUUUGAUUGUCGAGCAGAAGAGGUUGCUCCGGCUGGAUUGAUGGCGUUUCUUGUUCCAGGCCGUCCUGAUGAAGCACUUCCAUCUCAAUUCUCCCUCUCCCUUUUUCUUCAAAUCCUGGAAUCUUGCCUGGUUGAUAUGGCAGAUGAGGGAGAAAUAAGCAAAGAAAAGUUGGAGUCAUUCAACAUGCCAUUGUACAGCCCUUCAAUAGAAGAGUUAAGAAGAAUUAUAGACAAAAAUGGAAAAUUUAGCAUUGUAAAAUUGGAAGCUCAUGAAGAAAGUAUAAAAAUGCUUUCAUCAAGAUCCUGCAGAUCUGGUUUUGAGAGCAUCAUCAGCAAACACUUUGGUGGUGAAAUUAUUGAACAACUAUUCAAGAGAUACGAUACAAAAUUUGCACAGCAUUACCCAAUUGUUGUUGCUGAUUGCACUUCCCUUUAUAUUUUUGUCCUUCUCAAGCGCCAUCUUUAA